GGGGCAUUGACGAGCAGAUUUUCCUUUGAGCAACAGCGGUUUUAGACAAGUCAAAGAUUGUAGCCUAUUUGCUCAGACCAUAGCCCUACGUCUACACCAUAGACUGUAAAAAUAGGUCUACACACGUCUACGGUAAAACGCUGCCAGUGGAUGCCCGAGGCAUACAGGAGUCAUGGGAGGAUCCAGUACAAAGCCAGAGUUUACAUCAAACAUACACGACAAGAGAGUGAAAAAUGGGGAGUGCAUUGAGUUCCGUUGUGAGACCAACAUUGAUGACAUUGAAGUCAAAUGGACAAAGGAUGGACAGAGGUUGUACAGUGGAGGCAGAAUCACAGUCAGCAACAAAAAACUGACUAUCACCAAUGCCAAAGAGGAAGAUGAGGGCAAGUACACUGUAACGAUCAGCAAGGACUCCGACAGUGCCACUGACUCUGCCAAAGUCACCGUGCUUGAGUAUGACCGGAGGUGGCGGUCCAUAGAAUGGGGGGUAAAUGUGACAAUCAAACACAGCUUACAAGACCUGACACUCAAAAACCCACAGGUCAGACACCUGCGCAUCCUGCUGCAUGGGCCCGUGGGGUCUGGGAAGUCCAGCAUCAUCAACUCCAUCAACAGCAUCUUCCAGGACAAAGUCAAAGUGGGAGCGCUGGCAGCUUCUGGCAGUGGCACCACUUUCACGAAAACUUUCAAAACCUAUCAAAUUAGAUACCGGGAAGACACAGCUUUACCAGUUGUCUUCAAUGACAUCAUGGGUCUAGAGAAUAAUGAUGAUGAAGGCGUGCAUCCUAAGGAUAUCAUCAGUGCCUUAAAAGGACAUGUCAACGAUAAUUACCAGUUUAACCCUAGAUGCCCACUGUCUGAAAGAGACCGAAGCUACAACCACAGCCCAACUGUGGAUGAUAAGGUUCACUGCUUAGUCAGUGUUCUCCCAGCUCAUAAAAUCUCCCUCAUGGACGAUGAAGUUAUUAGGAAGAUGCAGUAUAUCAGAGAGCAUGCAAGUGAAAUGGGGAUUCCUCAGGUGGUUUUUAUGACCACUGUGGACUUGGCCUGUCCGGUCGUUAAGAAUGACCUGCAGCGCAUCUACUCAAGCAAACAUAUAAAGCAGAAAAUGCAAGAGUGCAGUAACAAGCUUGGAGUCCCCAUGAACUGCAUCUUCCCGGUGAAAAACUACCACGAGGAGAACAACCUGGACAGUAACAUGGACAGUUUGAUACUGGAUGCACUGAAGCACACUGUGAACUUCGCUUAUGACUAUGUGGAUGGCCUGGAGACAUCCACCCAGCCUCUACGGACACACACACAGCAGUCAGAGUCAGUAGAGAUAGCAGAGCUAUCAGCUGAUGAGCAGUCAGAGGACUCGUGUUCUGAGAGCCGUCAGGAUGAGAUGGAUGCUUUAUACUUACAUGAAAGAGUUGAAAUGGACUUGAAUCCUGUUUUAACAUCUACUGCAGACAGAGAAUUUGACCUUGAAUGGAGGAAAACAAAGUGGGACAUUGGCAGUAGAAACAGGAUGGAAAAGGAACUGAGAGAAUUCCGUCUGCUGAAUUCCGAACUCAAGCACCUGCGUAUCCUGCUGCACGGGCCGGUGGGAGCUGGGAAGUCCAGCUUCAUCAACUCCAUCAACAGUGUUUUUCAGGGCCAGAUAUGUGCAGGGGCUCUGGUUGCUGCAGAGUCUGGCAUCACUUUCACCAGAAAGUACAAAACACAUAAAUUCAGAAAUGGGAAUUCUGGACAUCUGCCCUUCGUGGUAAAUGACAUAAUGGGUCUUGAGAAAGGGAAUUCUAUCGGAGUACAACCCAGUGACAUCAUCAAUGCAUUAAAAGGCCACGUUAAAAACAAUUACAAGUUCAGUCCUGUUUCUCCACUGUCUGUGGGAGACGCUGACUAUGUCACCAGCCCCUCGCUGAAUGACCGGGUGCAUUGUUUGGUAAGCGUGAUUCCAUUGGACAAGAUCUCCAUCAUGGAUGAUGAGGUCAUCAACAAGAUGCGAGCUAUCAGAGAGGCUGCCAGUGAUAUGGAUAUUCCACAAGCCAUUAUCAUGACAAUGGUGGAUAAAGCCUGCCCAGUGGUGAAGACAGAUCUUAGGAAGAUCUUCUUCAGCAAGAGGAUCAAACAAAAUAUGCAGGAGUGCAGUAACCGACUUGGUGUUCCCAUGAACUGCAUUUUCCCAGUGAAAAACUACCACGACGAAACAGAGUUGGACCAGGAAAUGGACUGCCUUAUCUUAACCGCUUUGGGACGUAUUGUUCAUUUCUCCCAUGAAUAUAUUGAUUCUCUAGAUGAUUGAUGAGCCAGUUGAAAGUCAAUAUUGGUGACUCAAAUGUCCUCAAAUAUAGUUAUCUCAUGUAGUAAAAUGAUGUGUAGUGUUCGUCUCGUGUUACAGUAAAAAAAAAACAAUGAACAAUAUAUCACCCAAGUAUCAAAAAUUGGAAAGAUACCAAGGCACUCAUCUGGUAGAAAGUUAAAAUGCCUUUAUUCUACUUGGCAAUGCAUGAUAAAAAACGCACUCCGACGCGUUUCGGCUGGGAGCCUUCGUCAGGGAGUGAAUAUAUCACCCAAAUUGCAGUACUGUAUGUAUUUCUGUUAAUAUUUCACAUCAGUGUAUUGAUCCAUUAUCAUGGAAUCAAUUUGUCACUUUAAUUUGACCUAAAAUAAAAGAAUAAUAAUAAAAAAA